AUGACAAAAGAAGCCGCAGCCGUGUUCAUCCAGGCCUGGUGGCGCGGCACCCUGGUGCGCCGGACACUCCUGCACGCGGCCCUCAGGGCCUGGAUUAUUCAGUGCUGGUGGAGGCAGAUUCUGGCGAGGCUGCUGACCAAUAGGCGGCAGGCAGUGCUGGAGAACUACUCACGGCGAGAAUGGGCAGCGGUCAGGGUGCAGACCUGGUUCCGCAUGUGGCGCAUCCGCAGUCGUUACUGCCGCCUGCUCAAUGCUGUCCGCAUCAUCCAGGUCUAUUGGCGCUGGCGUAAUUGUCACACUCGUGGCUUUAUCCAGGGCCACUAUGAACUCAAGGCAAACCUACUGAAUCUUCAGCUUGAAAUCUCAUUGGGCUCACAGGCUUAUAGGGUGGCACAACGCAUACCCCUUCCAAUAAAGGAAUGA